GCGAGGGAGUGUGGAGCUUAGCAGUUCAGCGGAGAUGCGAGAACUAGGCUUGGGAACGAGGCAGCGCAGCCGGGGCUGAGCAGGAAGCGGGCUGGCGUGGAGAGAAGUGUGGGAGAGGUCCUGAAGACUGGAGGCUGUCAAGGGUGGGGAGACGUGAGAAGUGCUCGGGAGCUGCUCCUCCUUUCCCCCCUCUUCUCCCCAAGCGGGCUUGCCGGUCCUUCAUAAGGUCAUCUGGCUAUUUGAGAAAAGGUGCCCGGUGAGAAGGGAAUAGGGUCCUUCUUCUGGGAGGGGUGUCUGAAACUUCUGCCCCCUCCCAGGAUAAAUUUGUGUGUGUGUGUUGUAUAACAAUGAUCAACUCUAUGUUGCCCUCCUCCACCCUUUUUUUUAGUAGAUAGCUUUGUAAAGUGGUUUCCCUGCCUCCCCUGUAUGAUGACUCUAGAACCUAUUGUAAAAUUUGUGAGAAACCAAUUUUUAUUAAGCCUCGGGAGUGAAAACAGUUGGGCUAGUUUGGCAAAUGGUGCGCCAUAAUAAAAGCACUUUAUUUCCACUUGCUGCUAAUUGAAGGGUAGGAUGUGUGUACCCUGCAUUCUCUUUCCAAACAGACUUUCCCCUUUUUUGUAUUUUUCCUUCUCUUUCAUUCCAGAGUGCUCCCAAAUAGAUCAAUAUUUUUAACAUCCAUUCUUUAAUUUUUAGCUGAGGUUCUUUCCUUCUCCCUCCCUUCACGUUUUGGGAAAGCAGACUUCUAAAAAAAAUCUUAAAGAGAAUGGAAAGGGAUUACUAAAAACAAUAUGUUUUUAAGCAGUCAGCUGGUUUGAUCAGAUUCUUACAGACUGGAAAGCUUCCUAGAUAAAUAUUUAAACUCCUUAUCCGAAGGUAAGGUCAUCAUGCUGAAAACAAGAUUUUCUACAUAUGUAUCUGAAGAAGCACCUGCUCUGCUAAGAAAAGUCUCUCUUUAAACUUAUUGACCCUAGUGUUGUACUAAACCUGUAAUAAGUCAGACAGGUUUGUAUUCAUUCCUCUGGAAUUUGGAUGGGACCACAUCAGGGACUUUUUUUUUUCCUGAAGAAGUAGGGGAGAUGUGUGAAUGCCUGUAUUUUUCCUCUUGAAGCCUGUUUAGUUUCCUUGACAUGAAGGUUCUUUCUCAAUAAAAAAGCAAUAAACUCUGGAAAAUGCUUAAGAAGUUCUAGUGAUGAAGCAGGUUUCUUGAUAAAAGUGAGGUGCGCUGGUCACUCAGUUGAGUUAAGGAAAAUCUGUGCUACUGGAAAGGUUUUAAAUCCUGCUUUUCAGAUCUGAGGUUCUGGGAGGAGUGAUUAAAAGGGUGGGGUUAAGUAGUGGUGGGUUGGAACCAGCUGUUUGACAGAUACAAAGCACAACUGCAAAGCUGGGGUUCUGUGACAAGAUGAACUUGGUUCUGAAGCCAUGUCAGGAAGGUUCUGAGGCCAUUCUCCAUGGGGAGUUUGGAGCCUAUCCCCCUAAGGGGAUCCGCUAUGCCCUUAGCCUCACACGGACCGAACUGCAUAUCCAGCGCCUUGUACCCAAGCCAGACAGUGAUCAACGGACUGUGAUGCGGCUGAUAGACGUGGUGGGUUGCCACACGCUGCGCAGUCAUACAGUAGCAAACCAGUCAGCAUUCUUCUGCAUCUACGCUUAUCCAGUGAAGAAAAAAAAGGUAGCAGUGGGUUCAGGACGGGCCCGGCAGCGGAUCGCAAGGACCUUUCAGGUGGACGAUGCAGAGCGCUACAAGGACAAUCAGGCUGUGGCAGAAAAAUGGGCAGCCGCCAUCAAGUGCCUAGUGCUGGGGAUUCCAAUUUCAAGUGAAACAGAGAUUAGCCGUAAUCUCCUGCCACGUUCCCGUCGCCUGCUCCUCUUGCUCAACCCUUUUGGAGGCAAAGGUAACGCGUUGCAGUGGUGUCAGAGUCACAUCCUUCCCAUGAUUACAGAGGCUGAUAUCAGCUUCAACUUGAUCCAAACAGAGAGACAGAACCACGCCCGGGAGCUGAUGCAGAGCAUUUCCUUAGAUGAAUGGGAUGGUAUUGUGGCCAUUUCGGGAGAUGGACUUCUUCAUGAGGUUGUUAACGGUUUGAUGGAGCGUCCUGACUGGGAAGAAGCAGUCAAAUUGCCUCUUGGGAUUCUUCCCUGCGGAUCAGGGAACGCAGUGGCAGCGGCUAUUAAUUGUAGUGCUGGGUUUGAGCAGAUCCUGGGCCAGGAGCUGCUGACCAACUGCACCCUUCUGCUCUGCCAUGGGGCAGUUUCUCCCCUGGACCUGGUCUCCAUCACGACCGCAUCGGGCGCCCGUGUCUUCUCUUUCCUGAGUGUGGCUUGGGGCUUCAUUUCAGAUGUGGACAUCGAAAGUGAGAAGUACCGGCACAUGGGCUCAGCCCGGUUCACCUUGGGAACCAUGGUUCGCCUGGCUUCCCUCAACACGUACCGGGGGCGGCUUUCCUACCUUCCUGUUCCCGACUGUGCAGCUCAUCGGCCCAUUUUGCGCAGUAUCACUGUAGCAGCUAACGGGAGCCUUCCCUUCCAACACCUGCCCCUGCACCGCACCGUCUCCGACAUGGGCCUCUGUGAGGAGCGCCAGGCCUUCUGCUUUCGUGAGAUGGAGUCAGCUGAAGAGCCCACCCCCUCACCCAGCUCCCCACCAUCUUCCUCCAGCUUCCAGGCAUCCAGCUUCAGUUUUGAAACCCUGUCAGAAGUGGUAGUAGACAAGAGGCCCCAGCAGCACAUGGAUCUGCCCGAAGUUCUACCAAACCGGUUGCCUUCUGCCCGGCAGAUGCACGGCCCUCUGGAUGAUUUCCUGGCCCCACUUGAACAGCCAGUGCCCAAGUCCUGGGUGACUGUGGAGGACGAUUUUGUGCUGGUGCUGGCCAUUUACCAGACUCACUUAGGGGCAGACCUCUUCACCAUGCCCACUGCUUGCUUUAAUGAUGGCCUCAUCCACCUUUGCUUUGUCAAGGCAGGCAUCUCCCGAGCCGCCAUGAUUCGCCUCUUCUUAGCCAUGGAGAAAGGCACUCAUUUUGAGCAGGAGAAUCCUUAUUUUACGCACCUCCCUGUCCGAGCUUUCCGCAUAGAGCCUCUCACUCACAAGGGAAUCCUCACCAUUGAUGGGGAACGGGUGGAAUAUGGACCCAUCCAGGGACAAAUCCACCACGGGAUUGCCAACUUAGUUACUGGGUUCAACCGGACUAAACUGACCACAUUCUGACAGGUGUUGUGUUAAUUCUCUUGCACAGACUAACAGUUCUAAUUUGACUUGUGUUUCCUGCUGUCUGUUCUGCAGCCACUAGAGGGCAAGCUACUUAAAAUGACUCAUUGCCCUUCUAGGCAUUUGAGUGCACACAUCCUAUAUCCUAUUAAUGCAUCUAAUUUUAACCAUUGCUUUCCAAGAGAUGCAGUAAUCUGAAGGAUGACUUCCUUCCUUCAACUGACCACCUGGACAGGCCUUGUCAAGAUUUUCCAUCAAUCAGAAGCCACCUGGCUACAAGUCUGUGGGUGUGAGUGAGGUGGAACACAAAUGUAGUGCCCUUACAUGCAUUUUUCAUAACUGGAUUGUUUGCCAUCAUUCCACCCAGCAUUUCUGUCUUGUCAUACUUUUCCAACCAUAAGUUAGCUCUUUCUCUAGGGCUUACAGGCACCUUGGCAACAGCCUUUCUCACUCUUGUGGGUGGGAGACAGGAGCAAAGUGAGCAGCCAUCCAUCCACCCUAUAUUGCCAGGCCCUUAAAAAUCCUGGUUUAUUUAAAGCUGUAGGGAGAGGAUGGUGGUGUAGCUCAAGAAGUCCAGGAGGAAUUGAAUACUAAUACACCAACUGUCCUUCAAGCCUGGGGACUGAAAUUACUGUUUUUUCAACACUGCUUUAAAACCCUGGACUUUGCACUUAAGCAAAAUUGUGUGUUCCACAGGUGAAAUGGGAGUCCUCUGUUCCCUUUCUCCAAGAGUCCGGUCUCCCAUUCCAAGUUCUUUCCCACCUUUUGCUUGCGUUUCUUAAGAGCUACAGGAUGGGAACUGAGCAAGGCAGACUCAUUUACAGGCCCCCGUGGUUUCAGUCUUGAUAGGCAUUCUUGAUAUGUUACCUGUCCAUAUAAACUGGAGUUGGGAAACAGGUCCCUCCAAUAUUGCUGGACUGCAAAACCCAUCCCUGAUUGCUGGUCACAUGGGCUGGGGCAAAUGAGAGUUGAACAAUAUUUGAAGGCCACAGGUUUCCCCUGGCUCCCCAGUCUAAAUACAGGCAGGGUGAAUGCCUCUGAAACUGGACAUUGAAUGUACCAGAUUACAUGCUGAACACUGUUUA